UGUGGGCGCCCCACACACAAGACGCACAGAGGCCACUUUCUUUUUAUGACUAGCGAGUGAAACUAACGUGAGCACUUGCAUGUUUCGAGGACAAAGAGCGCGGCGACUCGGCCAUGGAGGACAUCAACAGUGUCGCCGUGCUAAUUGCCGCCGCCUCUUCCUCAUCCACGCCUUUGUCCGAAGCCCAAGAGCAACAGCACGUGGCGGACGCCCCCAAUUCUCUCAUCCAGGUCAUCGAGAAGCUGAGUAAAAUCGUAGAGAAGCGACCGCAGCGCCGCUGCACGCUAACGGGACAUAAAAGAGCCCAGGCGAGAGCGGACGGAGGGCCUCCCUACAAGAAGCCGAACGAGCGCGCGGAUGGCGACUUGAACAAUAACGAGGGCGAACACAAGCGCCCGUUGACGUGCUACCAGUGCAGCCUGUGCCCCUAUCUGUCGCCCACGCUGGCGCUGCUCAAGGAGCACCUGAAACAACACAACGAGCACAACCAGGACCUGAUCCUCAUGUGCUCGGAGUGCCGCUUCAGUUCCCGAGACCAAACGCAGUUGGAGGAGCACGUCAAGAUGCACGUGGAGAACGGCCCCGAAGCCAAGGAGGCGGAGGAUGGACUCGGGAGGGACGCCGAUCCGGUGGGCUCGGAGUGUGAUGGCGAUCAGAAGAAGAAGAAGAAAAAGUGGUACAUUUACGAGGAGUACGGCUUGUACCGCUGCCUGAUUUGCAGCUACGUGUGCAGCCAACAGCGGAUGCUCAAAACGCACGCCUGGAAGCACGCCGGCCUCCUUGACUGCUCCUACCCGGUUUUCGAAGAGGAGGAAGAAGAAGAGGAAGCCGUCGCGGCGCCCGCCAGUCGAGAGACAGAGUCCCAAAUCGUCAAACUGUGCACGCCGCUCUCCGACGAAGAAUCGAGCCCGUCUCGUGUCGCCGAGGGAGAAGAGGGUGAUUUCGUCAUCAAAGAAGUGAAUGCCGAGGAGUCGGCGAUGGAGGCGGAAGCAGCAACGCAGACGCUGGCAGAGACGGCGUCGGCGGCCGACAGCCUGCUGACGUCAGCACAGAAGAUUAUCAACAGCGACCACAACAGCGCGGGACACAUCAACGUGAUCGUGGAGCGCUUGCCGUCUGCCGAGGACGCCGUCAUGGCCGCCGCGCCGCUGCUGCUGGACCCGGAAGUCGACGACGGGCAGGAAGAAGCCGGCGACUCCCCUCGGGACGAGAACGUGCCACCGGCCGGACGAAAAAGGACUCACUCGGAGUCGCUUCGGCUUCACUCGUUGGCGGCGGAGGUUCUAGUCGCAAUGCCCAUGAGGACCGCCGAGCUCAAGGCGGAAGCGGUGUCCGCGGCAGAGCUAUGCCAGGAUGUGGACGAGGACCACAAGAACCCCGAGAGCCCCGCCGCCGUUGCACCCGCCGGAAUCAGCUCGUCGCUCCUCACCGUUAUCGAGCGUCUCCGCGAACGUUCGGACCAGAACGCGUCGGACGAGGACAUCCUCAAGGAGCUGCAGGACAACGCCAACGCAAUCCCGGAGGGCCCGGGCGCGCCGACCGACGGCGGCCUGGUGGACUACGUGGCCGGAAGCGAGCGGCCGUACCGUUGCCGCCUGUGCCGCUACAGCAGCGGCAACAAGGGCUACAUCAAGCAGCACUUGCGCGUGCACCGCCAGAAGCAGCCGUACCAGUGUCCCAUCUGUGAGCACAUCGCCGCCGACAGCAAGGACCUGGAGACUCACAUGAUCAACCACUGCAAGAGCAGGAUGUACCAGUGCAAAACGUGCGCGCACUCUUUUCACUACAAGAGUCACCUGAGAAAUCACGAGCGCGAGCAGCACAGCGUAGCCGGUUCGGAAGCGUCGGCGCUCGCGGCCGUGGAUGAAAUGGCGACCGCUGCCGAGGAAGUCGAACCAGACGCCGGCCAGGAAGAUGAUCUUCAGAAGGCCUUCAAGUGCGACGUGUGCGACUACACCAGCGCUACGUACGUGGGCGUCCGCAACCACAGACGCAUACACAACUCAGACAAAACUUACCGGUGCCGCCUCUGCGACUUUACCACCACCAACAUGAGCAGCCUGAAAAGUCACAUCAGGAGACACCCUCGGGAGCAACAGGCCGUGCAGCUCUUAGAGCAGUACAGGUGUUCGCUGUGCGGCUACGUGUGCAGCCACCCGCCCUCCCUCAAGUCGCAUAUGUGGAAACACGCCGGAGAUCAGAAUUACAACUACGAGCAGGUCAACAGAGCCAUCAACGAGGCCAUCUCGCAGAGCGGCCGAACUCCCACGAAGACCUCGACGGGGCCCGAGUGUGCGCCGGCACCCUCGCCGGACAUCACCAAAGCCCAGGCGGAUGCGGUUCCCGAACGCCCCGCCUCCUCUCCCCCGACCUCCCGAGGGAGCUCGCCCGCGCCGCCGGUCCAGGUUCAGGUCCCGCCUACAGGUGGCGUGGAAUACUGCGUGCUCCUCUUCUGCUGCUGCAUCUGCGGCCUGGAGUCCACCAGUAAGGAACGCCUGAUGGAGCACAUGAAGGAGCACGAGGGCGACCUCAUCAGCAUCAUCCUCAAUAAUAACAAAGACCCGCUAGCGCACACGCAGGCGGCACAGUAACGCCUCCCCCAAGGAAGGACUACAGUAUCAUUUACCUCAAUCAGUCGGCAACGACAAAUGUUGUCAAUUGAGAGCAAUAGCACACGGUAGAAUGUAGACCCCCGCCAAGGCCGACCGAGCACAAUUUGCGUCACCAAUUUAAAAAUACGUUUCCCAUAUUUAUACAUGAGCUGAGGUUGCAAUUUGGAAAAACUCCAACAAAAAGUUGUCCUGAGGCGAACAGAAUAAUGCUGCGUUCACAGUGUCUACGUUAGCCAUUGACGGCGCUAGACAUCCAAUUCAUUUGGACUGGAUUGGACGUCUAGCACCGUCAAUGGAGCUGAAACUAGAGCAUUCACGGCCAGACUUAAAUGGGCAUUAACAGGUCACUUCCUGUUUAUUUUAGGACAUUUACAUGUAACUGCCUAUUAAGUCAUUUCCUUUUCAGUAACCCAAAAUCAGCAAGAAGUGACCUGGAAAUGCCCACAAAUCAACGGAAAGUGACCCAAAUCGACCGGAAGGGACCUUAAAAUGCCCCCAAAUUGAAGGGAAGUGACCUGAUGACAGGAGUUGACCCCUAAAUGCUCCAAAAUCAACAGGAAGUGACCCAAUAUCAAUAGGAAGUUACCACUAUAUCCCUCGAAAUCAACAGAAAGCGACCCAAUAUGAUUAGGAAGUUAAAUGAUAGCAUCAGGAAGUGACCCCCAAAUCAACAAGUAUUUCCGAAAUAUGCCAAAAUCAGCAGGAAGUGAUCUGAUAUCAACAGGAAGUGACCCUGAAAUUCCCCCAUAUUGACAGGGUUUGGCCUGACAUCAACAGGAAGUUAUAUGCUAUUAACAGGUGGUGACCCUGAAAUGCCCUCAAAUGAAGACAAAAGUGACUUGAUAGCGACAUGAAGUGACCCAACCCCCCCAAAUCAACAGGAAAUGAGCCAAUAUAAAUAAAAAGUUCCACUUAAAUGUCCCCAAAUCAAGAGGGUGACCUGAUCACAACAGGAAGUACCCCUCAAAUGCCUCCAAUCAACAGGAAGUGACCUAAUAACUGAAAGUGACCCCAAAACCCCUCAAAUCAACAGAAAGUGACCCCAUACAAAUAAGUACUCCUUUAAUGGCCCCAAAUCAACAGGAAGUAGCCCCUAAAGGCCCAAAAAUCAACAGGAAGUGACCUAAUAUCAACAGGAAGUGACCCAAAACUCCUUAAAUAUGUAGGGGGGGACUUAACAUCAACACGAGGGUUGAAUGAAGGUUAAAUUCCCCCAAAUCAACAGGAAGUAGCCCCGAAAGGCCCACAAAUCAAUAGAAAGUGACCCAAAACCCCUCAAAUAUGUAGGGGGUGACCUGACAUCAGCAGGAAGUACCCCUUAAAUGCACCCAAAUCAGGAGGAAGUGACCAGAUAGCAACAGUAAGGACCCCGGAAUGCGCCCAAAUCAACAGGAAGUGACCUAAUAUCAAUAGGAAGGAACCACAAAUCCCACAAAUCAGCAGGAAGUGACCCGGUAUGGACGGGAAGCACCCCUUAAAUUCCCCCAAAUCAACAGCAAGUGACCCAAUAUGAACAGGCAGUACCCCUUAAAUGCCCCAAAAUCAACAGGAAGUGCCCUGAUAGCAACAGGAAGUGGCCCUGAUAUUCCCCCAAUUCAACUGGAAGUGACCUUUAAAUGCAUGCAAAUCAACAGGAAGUGACCCUUAAAUACCUGCAAGUGACCUGACAUCGAUAGGAAGUGACCCUGAAAUGCCCCCAAAUCAACCGGAAGUGACCUGAUAGCAACAAGUGACCCUCCACCCCAAAUCAACAGGAAGUGACCCAAUAUGAACAGUACCCCUUAAAGUCCCCCAAAUCAAUAGGAAGUGACCCAAUAUGAACAGGAAGUACCCGUUAAAUGCCCCAAAAUCAACAGGAAGUCCCUGAUAGCAACAGGAAGUACCCCUUAAAUUCCCCCAAAUCAACAGGAAGUGACCCAAUAUGAACAGGAAGUACCCCUUAAAUGCCCCAAAAUCAACAGGAAGUGACCUGAUUGCAACGAAGUGAACACUCACAGACACAAAUCAACAAGAAAUUACCCAAUAUGAACAGAAAGUGCCCCUUAAAUACCCCCAAAUCAGGAGGAAGUGACCUGAUAGCAACAGGAAGGACCCCAAAAUGCCCCCAAAUCAACAGGAAGUGACCUCAUAUCAACAGGAAUUGACCCGAAAUCCCACAAAUCAACUUGAAGUGGCCCAAUAUGAACAGGAAGUUCCCCUUAAAUCCCCCAAAUCAACGGGAAGUGACCUUAUAGCAACAGGCAGUGGCCAACACGAACAGGAAGUAGCCCUGAAAUGGCCCCAAAUCAACGGGAAGUGACCCAAUAUGAACAGAAAGUGCCCCUUAAAUGCCCCCAAAUCAGGAGGAAGUGACCUGAUAGCAACAGGAAGGACCCCAAAAUGCCCCCAAAUCAACAGGAAGUGACCUCAUAUCAACAGGAAGUGACCCAAUAUGAACAGGAAGUAGCCCAGAUAUGGCCCCAAAUCAACAGGAAGUGACUCUGUAUGAACAGGAAGUAGCCCUUAAACGCCCCUAAAUCAACAGAAAGUGACCUGAUCGCAACAGAAAGUAGCCCCGAAAUGCCCGCAAAUCAACAAGAAGUGACCCAACAUGAACAGGAAGUGACCCCCAAAUCAACAGAAGUGACCCAUUCUGAACAGGAUGUACCCUUAAAUGCCCCAAAAUCAACCAGAAGUGACGUGAUAGCAACAAGAAGUAGCCCCGAAAUGCCCCCAAUUCAACUGGAAGGGACCUAAAUCAACAGGAAGUGACCAAAUAUGAACAGGAAGUAGCCAUUAAAUGCCACAAAAUCAACCGGAAGUGACCUGGUAGCAACAGGAAGUAGCCCCAAAUCAGCAGGAAGUGACACCGAAUUGUCCUCAAAUCAACAGCAGGUGGCCCAAUGUGAACAGGAAGUAGCCUUUAAAUGCCCCAAAAUCAACAGGAAGUGACCUGGUAGCAACAGGAAGUAGCCCCAAAUCAGCAGGAAAUUACACCGAAUUGUCCUCAAAUCAAAAGCAAGUGGCCCACUGUGAACAGGAAGUCUCCCGUAAAUGCCCCAAAAUCAACAGGAAAUUACUUCCUAUCACCAGGAACUGUACGGAUGGGUGGCGUUUGGCCUUUUGGCUGGGUUGUUUGAGUUCUGUUGGCCUGGGUCGUUGGAGUUGAGUUGACCCAGGCCAGCGGAACUCAAACAACCCAGCCAAAAGGCCAAACGCCACCCAUCCGCUGUUCCGGUGUUUUUUUGGCAGGAUUCUGGCAACCUGGCUAAAAUAUUCUUAUAUUGAACACACACACAAAAAAAAAGAGCGCGAAAAAGGAGACCCAAAAAAGGGUCCGUGGUAGUUGAUCAGGAUGAAUUAAAAAAUAAAUUAAAAAAACAAACGAAAAAAAAACAAGGCAAUGAUGCUACUAAAAACGAAGGGCUAUACAAACUGUCAAAUGGAAACAAGUCAAUAUCUUGGCAAGCCGCCUAGGAUCGGUUUAAAGACACUGCUGAUGAGCUCUCUUGUCAUUUCCUACAUAAAGACAAACCAAAAAAAACUUCCUUUGCGGAGUUAACAAAAAAAAAAUGGAGCGCUGGUCCAAGUCGAUACCUCGUCUAAACAAAAACCACGCUGGGGCAAGGCAGCUCGAUUUUUUUUUUUUAAGUUAAUAUCUAUAUAAAGCUACUGUCAUAUUUAAUGUUUAUUUAAGACACAUUCACUGCGUGAGUAACCGUUUGUUUCACGAUUUUACCGUUUGAAUUUAGGAAGAAAGUGCGGUUUUGGCGAGGUGGAAAAAGGGAUGAAUUGGUGCCUACUCAACAAAAACAUGUACAGUGUCAACUUCAUUUUUAUAGUUAUAUAUUACGCGUAUAUUGCCCCGACAUGUAUGUUCUAUUUUUAUAUGUAAUCUUUUUGUUAGCUCUUUUAAAAACACAACUUUCUAGCGUUGAAAAAUGGACUGAAGUGCCGCUGACAAUAAAAUAUGGCAAGUCGCAAAAACGUGUCGUUUUUUUUUUCAUGUUUUGAAGCGAGUAAGAGCUUUUAAAAAGGUAGAUGUAAUCCAAUUUUUAAGGAAAUAUGCUUGUGGUGUCUUCGCAGGAUGGGGUUUUUCUACAUAAACCUCUUAAGAGAGCGUCGACGGCGAGAUGACAAUGAGGGAAUGACUGAAAUGAGGCACAAGUAUUGACUCAUAAUCUCUCCUAAGGCAGCUUUUGCUUAAUCCUCAUAUUCCGUUUCUCCGCGGAUGCGAGGAAAGCAGUGGCGGGACAAAUGGGAAAUGGGUCCGGGGGCGAUGAGUGGAAACGGGCCACCCGAGGUGAAUGUCUCAAGCUCUUUAAUUGAAAAUUGCAGUAGGUGUUACAUUUCCAGACGAUCCAGAGUUUGCAAACAAAAUAGUUCACUAGAAUAGUGUGAAUGUUAGCUCACUGGCUGCCAUUGACAGCAUUAGACGUCCAAUUUAUUUAUCCAUCAACGGCACUGAAACUAGAGCAUUCACAUUUUGAGGCAUUUACAGGUCACUUCCUGCUCAUUUGGAGACAUUCUUGAGUCACUUCCCUUUCAGUAACCCAAAAUCAACAUGAAUUGACCUGUUAAUGCCCAAAAAUCAACAGGAAGUGACUGAAAAGGCCCCAAAGUCAACAGAAAGUGACCUGAAAAUACUCAAAAUUGACAGGAAGUGACCAAUAAAUGCUUCAAAAUAAACAGGAAGUGACCUGUAAAUGUCUUAAAUCAAAUGGAAAUGAUCUGUAAGUAGCCCAAAAAUCAUCAGGAAGUGACCGAAAUGGUCCCAAAGUCAACAGAAAGUGACCUGAAAAUACUCAAAAUUGACAGGAAGUGACCGAUAAAUGCUUCAAAAUAAACAGGAAGUGACCUGUAAAUGUCUUAAAUCAAAUGGAAAUGAUCUGUAAGUAGCCCAAAAAUCAUCAGGAAGUGACCGAAAUGGUCCCAAAGUCAACAGAAAGUGACCUGAAAAUACUCAAAAUUGACAGGAAGUGACCAAUAAAUGCUUCAACAUAAACAGGAAGUGACUUGUAAAUGUCUUAGAUCAAAUGGAAAUGAUCUGUAAAUGCCCCAAAAUUUGCAAGUGAUGUGUAAAUAGGCCAAAAUUAACAGGAAGUAACCCGUUAAUGCCCAAAAAUCAUCAGGAAGUGACCGUAAUGGUCCCAAAGUCAACAGAAAGUGACCUGAAAAUACUCAAAAUUGACAGGAAGUGACCAAUAAAUGCUUGAAAAUAAACAGGAAGUGACUUGUAAAUGUCUUAGAUCAAAUGGAAAUGAUCUGUAAAUUGCCCAAAAUUAACAGGAAGCAACCUGUUAGCCCAAAAAUCAACAGAAAGUGACCUGAAAAUACUCAAAAUUGACAGGAAGUGAAAUGCUUCAAAAUAAACAGGAAGUGACCUGUAAAUGUCUUAAAUCAAAUGGAAAUGAUCUGUAAAUGCACCAAAAUUUGCAAGUGAUGUGUAAAUAGCCCACAAUUAACAGGAAGUAACCUGUAAAUGCCCCCAAAAUCAAAUGUGACCUCUGAAUGGCCAAAAAUCAACAGGAAGUGACCGUAAUGGUCCCAAAGUCAACAGAAAGUGACCUGAAAAUACUCAAAAUUGACAGGAAGUGACCUGUAAAUGUCUUAAAUCAGAUGGAAAUGAUCUGUAAAUGGCCCAAAAUUAACAGGAAGCAACCUGUUAAUGCCCAAAAAUCAACAGGAAAUGACCGUAAAGGUCCCAAAGUCAACAGAAAGUGACCUGAAAAUACUCAAAAUUGACAGGAAGUGACCGAUAAAUGUCAAAAUAAACAAGAAGUGACUUGUAAAAUUUGCAAGUGAUGUGUAAAUAGCCCAAAAUUAACAGGAAGUAACCUGUUAAUGCCCAAAAAUCAACAGGAAGUGACCGUAAUGGUCCCAAAGUCAACAGAAAGUGACCUGAAAAUACUCAAAAUUGACGGGAAGUGACCAAUAAAUGCUUCAAAAUAAACAGGAAGUGACCUGUAAAUGUCUUAAAUCAAAUGGAAAUGAUCUGUAAAUGCCCCAAAAUUUGCAUGUGAUGUGUAAAUAGCCCACAAUUAACAGGAAGUAACCUGUAAAUGCCCCCAAAAUCAAAUGUGACCUCUAAAUGGCCCAAAAUCAACAGGAAGUGACCUGUUAUUGCCUUAAAAUCAACAGGUUGGGACUAUAGAGGCCCCAAAGUCAACAGGAAGUGACCUGUAAAUGUCUUAAAUCAAAUGGAAAUGAUCUGUAAAUGCCCCA